GUAACACAAUAACGCAAAAUUGGCACUUGCAUGUUAAGAAGAAAGGGUUCUUUCCUUUUUACUUGACUCUCGCUCUUUAAGAGAAAAUGGAGAAGAGAAAAGAAGAUCACACCUCGGUUCUCUUAUUACCAGAAGCAAACUUACAAUGCGACAAAAAAAAAUUAGCAGCAACGAACGAUUUCACCGGCACCAGUGAUGAAAAGCAAAAACGUUCAAAGAAAUCUCGUGUUUUUCGAAUUAUCAUUGUUUGGGUUGUAUGCUCCGUCCUGGGUUUGUUUAGCCUCAACAAAGCUCAUCAGCUAUACGCGAACAAGUGUGUUGAAGAUUGGGGUAAGGCUUUGGAUUAUCCCGAUAGCUUUCCGAGACGAGAUGAGCUCCUUGAGCUCGAAAUGAUGACUCAACGUCUUGCAAUAAGGCAUGGAAAAGAAUUUCUGGGGAAAUGCUAUCAGACCAUGAUGCUUGUUCCGAUUAUCCGCAAUUCAACUCUUCCGUUAUGUGAUGAUGCAAACGCAUCAGGUUCAUAUUCAGAAGCAGAAGCACCCUCUUCUGCCGAAGCUACAGUCUUUUCUGCACCCGCCGCUUACGAUGAUGGUCCUGUUCAACCCAUUCCUACUAGCGCACCCAGCAGUGGCCACAGCAGUAAUGCCCUUGAUGAUGCGUCAAAGAAGUCUAUUGAAUCUUUUUUACCCCCUGCAGCCCCUAGGAAUAGCGCUCCUGUGACGCCAUACGACCCUGAGGUUUAUCAUACAGUUUCAAUUGAGAAUGCCCAAGUUCUAUCGCUAGCUAAACCACCUGUUAUCCGCAACCUAAAAGUCUCGGUAGCCGAUGGUAUUGACGUAUAUGUGGACAUUCUCACGGCGGCCCAAGCUGGCCAAAGUCCUACAGAGGCUGUAGACAUUUAUUUGAGACCUUGUUCCGAUGAUGGCGUCAACAUCUUUCAACUAGUUGAGCUCCAGGCGCGCAGUUUCUUCGGCAUAAUAUAUGUGACUCUUGACCUAAAACCUGGUGUCCCUGCUGGCAGCACUGCUGUUAAAUGUUUAUUGCAGAUUGUGAUUCCGGAUACUUUCAGCAGUAAUGUAGGCAGCAGCUCCCUCUCGCAAAAAUGCUUGCAGAACGGUUUACGACUUUUCGAACUUCGCGCUAAAGAAGGGCGUAUCAAAGCUAGUCAUAUGGUUCUCAAUUCCCUCAGCAUCGAGCUUGGCCGCGGUGUCGUGGAUAUAGAACACGUCGAUAUUGGCGAUUUACGUGUAGCAGUUUUGGACGGAGAUGUUUAUCUGGGAGGAAUCAGAACUAAAAGAAGCCUUGCUGCUGGUGUUUUACGAGGAUCAUCGACGGUUCUUGCCCAAAUUCAUCCGGAAGAUAACACGUAUGCUGUCAUCAACAUGUGUGCCGACGGAUAUACCUAUACGAAUGUCAUGACAACAGAAAAAGACCAUGAAAAAUUUGCAGCCAAUCUACAUAUCUACAGAGAAACUGGAACACGUCUCCUAGAGCAACCCGCACCGGUAAUGGCGCAUCCCGGUCAUGCGCAUUUGGACACGAACAGCACAGACGUUCACAAGACUGGCUAUAUGGUCGCGCCAAACAGUGGUUCUGACAUUCUUGUCUAUGCUGGUGCAAAAUCUGCAGCGAGUCGCAUCACAAAGUCUCGGUUUCUGUAUGGCUACUACAAUGAAGAGGCGUCUCUGCCAACAUAACAGCAACUCGUAUACUAGAGAUAUGCGAAUUUUCCUAUGCAGUAGUAUAAUCAACCCGCAAAAGCCAGCCGGAUAUUUAAGCUUCCAGAAAGAAUACUGUACAAAUGAUUUUUUCUUUCAAUGACAAUAACUUUGUGAGAUGACAUAUGAAGUUUCUUCGUAUACGUGCCAGAUUACUUAUUAAGGUUUUUCAAGAUAAAAAAAGGCUCUAGGUAUACCAUCAUUAUGAUUAUCUCUAGUCGCACAAAAAUGCUGUUCGGUUACUAUAAAGAAUGAUGUAUCAUAUGUACAGUAAAAUGGAUUGUAUCCGAUACUUUAAGUACAUUCAAAACCCUAUGAUAAAACCCAAGAAGAGAGCUG